UCAUGGAAACAAAGAGGUGUUCUCCUGCUGGGGGAUCCAGCUGGCUGUGGAUUGGUUUCGAGAGAGGGGGCACACAUACAUCAAGGUUUUUGUUCCACUCUGGAGGAAGGAGCCCCCUCGACAAGAGAGUCCCAUUGCAGAUCAGCACAUUCUCGAAGAGCUUGAAAAGCAAUCGAUCCUCGUGUACACCCCGUCCAGGAAGGUGAAAGGCAAGAGGGUAGUUUGCUACGAUGAUCGCUAUAUAGUGAAAGUUGCUUAUGAGAAAGAUGGAGUCAUUGUUUCCAAUGACAAUUACCGGGAUCUCCAGAAUGAAAACCCUGAGUGGAAAUGGUUUAUUGAGCAGCGACUACUCAUGUACUCUUUUGUCAGUAAUAGGUUUAUGCCUCCUGAUGACCCGCUAGGCCGGCACGGACCCACUCUUAGUAACUUCCUCAGCAAAAAGCCAGUGCUUCCGGAACCGAAAUGGCAGCUUUGCCCCUAUGGUAAAAAAUGCACCUAUGGCAAUAAAUGUAAAUUUUACCACCCAGAGAGACCACACCAAGCUCAGCUCUCAGUUGCUGAUGAGCUCAGGGCUAAAAUAAAUGUCCCAUUAAGCGUGGGGAAAGAGGAAGAGCUGUACAGGACUGGAGGAGAGCCUGCGCCCUGUGGUGCCUGCACAGAAACCCUGCAAGAAGCUGUCGGCUGCGCAGGGGCUUCCUGCUACCCAGGGUGGUCCCAGGGGAGCCGUCCUGAGCAGCCAUCCAGUGCCUGGGCCAGCAGCCCUGGCUCUGACCUGCGUCUGGACCAGCAUUUGCUACAGCCAGAGCCUUGGCAAGACCAUCCACUCCUGGAGAAGAUGUCAGCGCUGUCCAUCGGUGACAAUAGCUACAGCUACAACUGGUCCAUACAUACGUGUCAGGACAGAGGGGUGAUGGACAGCCCGCACCGGUUCAGUGACCCAUACUCGCUCCAUCCCCGCCGUAGCUUGGACCACACCAGCUUACCGGGAUGCCCUUUCCAGCAGACAGUGCUCCCGCCUGUGCAAGGUGGGACGUGCCCAGACCACAGCUGGCCUCCGGGGUGCUGCAGCACGCAUAGGGUCAGUCAGAGGAGCCACUGUGUCGCUGAUAGUGCUCAGCACAGACAGGCCCUGGGGACUCAGCACCACGUUUUACCACGGUCCACAGCUCUUCCCUCUGACCUGCCUCACUUAUACAGUGAGCAUCACCUGCAGCAGCAGCAGCAGCAGCAGCACUGCUUCCCCAGCCGCUCCCCACAGCAGCCCUUUCUCUUAGACACCAGCAAUGGACUGGGCUUCUUCCAGAAAGCCCACACAUACCUUGAUGCCUCUUACAGUGACCACUGGCCCACCCGAGCUGCAAGGCCACCCUCUGCCCAGCAAGCCAGCAUACACAGGGAGCUGUGCUCCCUUUUCCCUUACAGCGACGUGAACCACGUCAUGGCUUUGUACCCUGAUAUCAAGGAUAUUGCUAUCUUGACUUUACUGAUUCAAAGACACAGAAGCUUGUGA